ACAAACUUCGGUGUUUUCAGGAAGUUUUCAGGGUUUCAUCUGUCCUGUGCAGCAGCCAACAAACAAUUAAGGGAUUUUCAUCUAUGUAUUUAACGCAAGACAAAUACCGAUUACGUUACGAUUCAUUCAAAUAAAGUGCACUACAAUGGAUUCCUACCCAGUACUUCGCCAGCAAAGUCGAAACAAAAUUCAGAAUGAUCAUUCAAGAAUGCAGAACGAGUUUAACAAAAUGACUGGAGACCCAACGUCUUCUAAAUACCUAUCGGUGCCUCACCCUACCAAACGAGGUAUUGAGAACAAGGACCCAGCUGGUGCUGAAAAAGCACCUGGAAGACCUGGUAUAAGCAGACUGCCUGUGCUUGCCAAGUCCCUGAAACUCCAAGCACCCACUGACUUCACUCAAUCCCACAGGAGAUGGGAGGAAAAUCCCCUUUCAGGUAAAGCUAAGACGAAGAAGCAAUGUACCAAGCCUGUCCCAUUCAACUUCUCCCAUCCUAAGGCUCACAGAAUGGUAGAAAAUCAAAGGCCGGCAAUUCAUCCUAUCUCAAGAGCAGGUCUUCAACCCACCCUGCCUGUAAACUCUAGCACCACAGCUCAUACAGAUCCACCAGGGAUUGUUUCAGCAACUCAAAGACUUCAAUCCAAGUCAAGAGUUGAGCGUUCUCCACAUGUAACUCCUGGCCAGCAUUUGGCUGCACAAAAAACAAGACCAUCCGUGUUGUCACAGUCCAAUAAGGGGUUAUGCAAUGGAAAAAAGGGGCCUUUGAAACACCAGACAACCAGUGCUCAUAUCUCUGAGUCUCAACCUCAAACAUUUUCCACAAACUGUACAGUAACUGGAGCAGGACACCCCGGGCAUUGCCAGGCUCCAAGUACUUUUGACCCCACGUCAGUGGGUUUGCCUACUGCUUUAUCUGGUCAAAGCAAAGUUCUGAAUUGUGCCACUGCCUCCGCUCAGCCAGCCUUUACCUCAGAGUCCUGCUUGAAACAUUUGAACAUGCUCAGCCUCAAAGAACUCCCCAAGACCCUGCAUGAUAACCAGUCUCUGCAGUCAGCUACCAGUGUCCAGGUGUUGAGUGGGACAGCAGGGAGUGGAGAGAUGUUCUGUCCUGACCCUAGAGCCAAAAACGGGAUCCUCCAGAAUGAACGAGUGUCUGAAGGGGGAGCCCAAGGUACUCCCCAGCCUCCGGGCUCCUCUCAAGCCUGGAACUUGCCACAGAGAGUGUCCGUGAUGAAGAGUCGACAGAAGAACAAGCCCUCCGCAGGUCCGUCCAGAGCAGUGCAGUUCUCCCCGGACCCCGCCGCCUUGAGCAGUAUUCUGCAGAACGAGGGGGUGAAGGCUGGAGGAACCCUGGGGGCCACACCCUGCAGGUCUGUCUGCCCCUCAGGCAGGACCACCUCCAUCUACACAGCUCAGAGAGUACCUGUCACAAAGAGCCGUGCCGAGGCAGCAGCAGGUCCUAUGGGUCCGUCCAGAGCAGUGCAGUUCUCCCCGGACCCCGCCGCCUUGAGCAGUAUUCUGCAGAACGAGGGGGUGAAGGCUGGAGGAACCCUGGGGGCCACACCCUGCAGGUCUGUCUGCCCCUCAGGCAGGACCACCUCCAUCUACACAGCUCAGAGAGUACCUGUCACAAAGAGCCGUGCCGAGGCAGCAGCAGGUCCUAUGGUGAUGGCUCUCGACCAGACCCCAGCAAGGAAAUGGAGCCCUCAGCGUGUUCCUGACACCAGGCAUCAUUCUCUGUCUAUGAGGAAGCUUAUGUCUGCGCACCGGACCCCCCGCGCCGGCCCUCCCAGCCUCAGGGGCCUCCAGGGCCACACAAAGGACAAGGAGGAGGUUGUUCAGAGGCUGUUUAAAGAGACCGACCAAGAGCAGGCGGAGGAAGAAAUCAGGGACCAGGACACAGGAGCAGACCAACCUCCACAGCAGACCUGUACUACUGAAUCCUCCCAAUCGCAGCCCUUGGCUGGGCAGAGCCGGAGCCUUGAAGACGGAGAGGCAGAGAGGAGUGGAGACGUGGGACAGCCUUUAUUCCAGGCCCCGCACAGAGAAUCGGUUAUUUUCUUCUCGACUGGCAAGCUGCUGCUGCGUUCGGCACCAGAGCAGGGCACCAGCGCAGCGGCGAGUCAGCAGCUUCCCUCUGUCUGUCCAGACAGCCCUCCAGGGCCAGACACACCCAGCGCUUCUCUCCCCGCUGGGCAAAGCAACCAACGUAGAGGUAGAGCAGAAAACCUAAACUGUAACGGUGUCGUGCAGAAGGCCGGCGCUCUGAGCUCCACCGCGGCCCUCCUCCGCCGCCGCCUGCCGCCGUUCGAGGAGAUGCAGCUAGAUGGGGAGGUGGCCACCUACGCCCACGCCCCUCCCUCAUCCUCCUGCUCCCUGCAGAGACGCUGUGGAGACCCUGUAGCCUCUUACCUACACUGGCAAGAUUACACUAGUUUUGUGCCAGUCAUCGAUGAUCCCUCUGGCCCCGCCUACUCCAGUCCCUCUCCACUGUGGGAGAGAUGAUGAAGAAGGAGGGGUUUUUUUCUCCACUUACGGGCAUUUGUCUCUUGGUCUGAUAAGAGAGAUUUGUUACUGAUUUUGUAAUUGUUUGUGACGUUUUGUUAAACACUGUAAUAGACAACCUUUUGAGAGCUCUCCACACACAAUCCUGUCAGUUUUAGAAUGCUGAGGCAUAUGUAUUUUCCAAACUGUAUCAUUGCUCAUAAUAGGUUAGUAAAAUAUGACUUGAAUCGAAUAAUGUAUCCAGGUGAUUUUGUUCACUUUUUCAUGAAAUAUGCAACAAACAUUGCUUAUCCAGCAUGCAAACCUAUGUAUGAUAUUUAUAGUGUUGACUUGAAUCAAAAACAGGGGGAUUAAUGGGUGUAGGAAAAGUCAACAUUGAUACCAAUAAUGAGUUGACAAGUCAAUAGUCAAUGUAGUAAUUUAAGUACAGACUGCAUGUCGGUGACAUAUUGAUUUGAUCAAUGUUACAAAAGGACAUGGGAUUCUAAUACAAGUGUGAUUAGUUCUUUUUGUUAUUGAAACCUGAGUCAGUAUCGUCAUAUUUGUCAGUGUUGUGUUAUAGUGUGUGUAGGAACAUCCCAUGUCAAGCUCUAAAUGCACUAGUCUUACUGAAGCUUAAAAUGAAUUGUUCUUGAUGUACAGUGUUCAUAAUAAAUUGAUAUAACUUACGUUCACGAUGUGUUCGAUUUAACUGCCUGUCGGAUGUAUAAGAAAAUGACAGUUGGAGCGAUACAUUUUGUUAGGUGUAUUGUUAAACUUUGAAACAUGUCUUUUUGGACAUGUCAUGCAUGUAAAUCCUGUUGAUAUAAAGUGGAUUGUUGUGGAUGCCUUCACAGUACGUGA